AGGCACGGUUCACGGGAGCUGCCGGACGCGGCGGCCCAGCCCGGGAGGCGUGGAAUUCCUCCUCCUCUUUCGUUAAAAAGAGGGGGAAGACUUUGCAGUCGGCAAAAUCAAUGAAGACAGGAGUAGACAGACUGAGAAGGUGGCAAAAAAAGAUGCCAGUUAUUGUUCGUCUCUUCUGUCAGGGUUAGGGUUUAAACCACAGGAUUUUUUUUCAUAUGCGUGCCGACUCCUAUUCUACUGGGAUCCGGGGAUCUAAAAAUACCCCUUGGCAAAAGGCGAGGUCUCUGAGCAUUGUGAUUCCCCUCCCCGUCACUCCGGAGGCAGACGGGGGAGUGAAAGAGGGAGAGCUCUGCCUCUCUGGGGAGGGGAGAAGAGCACUCUCUCCCCCGCGGGCGGCCGGGGGGCCGGCUUAGUGUGACAGGAAGCGCCGGGCGGCCAUGAGCCAGCCCGAGACGGGGAGCCGGCGCUGAGCGGACGAUGCUGCAGACGAUCUACGAGGGCGACUCGUGCUUCCCCACGGCCGGGAUCCAGGCACCUCGGCGGAUUCCAGCAGUGUGCGAAAUGCGCAGCGUGGACGGCUCCCCUGACAGAGUUGAAGUCAAACCUGAGGUCCCCAUAGCCCCUCUGGACCUGCGCACCACGGACGUCAGGAUGCUGGGCUCCACGUCAGACCCCAGCGUUUGGGAGAAACAGCUGCAGCAGGAGCUGCUCCUCAUCCAGAAGCAGCAGCAGAUCCAGAAGCAGCUGCUCAUCACAGAAUUCCAGAAGCAGCACGAGAACCUGACCCGGCAGCACCAGGCCCAGCUGCAGCAGCACCUCAAGCUCCAGCAGGAGCUGCUGGCCAUGAAGCAGCAGCAGGAGCUGCUGGAGAAGGAGCGCAAGCUGGAGCAGCAGAGUCGCGAGCAGGAGAUGGAGCGACACCGGAGGGAGCAGCUGGCGCUGAGGAGCAAGGAGCGCACCCGCAAGAGUGCAAUCGCCAGUACUGAGGUCAAGCAGAAACUCCAGGAGUUCCUGCUGAGUAAAUCAGCCAAGGAUGCGAACGUCACCGGCGGCCGGAACGUCAUUACCCACCACCCCAAGCUCUGGUACAACAGAUCAGCCCACCACACAUCACUGGAACAAAGUUCGCCCCCCCUGGGAGGGGCAUCCCCCACCUACAAGUAUGCCCCUCCCUCACCGAUGGAUUGCAAAGAUGACUUCCCACUGAGGAAGACAGCCUCAGAGCCAAACCUGAAGGUCCGGUCAAGGUUAAAACAGAAGGUUGCUGAGAGGAGAAGCAGCCCUUUGCUGAGGAGGAAAGACAGCACCCCGUACAAGAAGAGGACGCUGGAAUUCCUAGAUUCUACCUCCAGCAGCAACGCCCCAGGAACUGGGCCCAGCUCUCCCAGCAGUGCCUGCAGCACCCUGGGAGGUGAGAAUGGACCCUCCCCCAUGCCCACCAACACACAGACUGAGUGCUGGCCGAUACAUCAGAGGAUUUUAAAGCCUAAAGACUCGAUGGCUUUGCUCAGCUUGUACACGUCCCCCUCGCUGCCCAACAUCACGCUGGGCCUCCCGGUCUCGCCCUCGCCGCUCAGCACCGGAGUGGCGCUGAAGGAAAGCCCGCUGGACUGUGGUGGCGUGGGUACGGCGAGGCAACCCCCCCCGAGCCCGUUCCUGGGUGCAUCUCCCCUCCAGUCCAGUCUGUCCUCUGGCAGCUUGGAGGCCAAACCCGCAGGCAGCGGCAGCAGCCACCAGGCGCUGCUACAGCAUCUCCUUCUAAAAGAGCAGAUGAGGCACCACAAGAUCCUCUCCACCGGCCCCAGUAGCGUUCCCGUGCGGCCUCAGUCCCCUCUGGCCCAGAAAGACCGACUGGCUUCCAGCGUCCGCCAUAAGCUGCCCCGGCACCGGCCCUUGCACCGCACGCAGUCGGCCCCCCUGCCCCAGGGCACGCUGGCCCAGCUGGUCAUACAGCAGCAGCAUCAGCAUUUCCUGGAGCGGCAGAAGCAGUACCAGCAGCAAGUCCACAUCAACAAGAUGCUGUCAAAGUCCAUCGAGCAGUUGCGUCAGCCAAGUUCUCACCUGCAGGAGUCCGAAGAGGAAGACCCAGGGGAACAGGCCAUGCAGGAGGACAGACUGCCCCCUCGAGGCGUCAUCCGGAACUGCAGCAGCGGCUCGGACGGAGAGCUCCACAUAGUCAAUCCUGGGUUGGUCAAGGUCAAGGAGGAGAUGGCUGAUAGCGAAGACGAGUGCCCCAAAGAGGCUGAGCGGAGCUCCUACCUGCGCCAGGCCAAUGGGAAAGAUUUUGCCCAGAGGUUGGUCAUACGAGCAAUGAUUUGAAAAGCGCUCUUCUACAGUACGGGCCGAGAAGCGGGGUUUGGGGUCGGUGCCCCAACUCCUGGACUUUUUCUGUUUGUGAACUUGUGAACUGAUCUCUGUAACACGUUUUAAUGUUUCACAUCCACUCUGGAGACAAGAGAUGCCACAUCACUGAUCUCUUAUUUGUGGGAAAGAGUUAUUUGCUCCUGGUUUCGGUAUCUGCCUGGCCGCUUUCCUCUACAAUCAAAGCUGGUAAUGAUAUCAAUAAUCUGUUGCUUAUCUUUGAAUCCUCUGUAUUUUAUACCUUUCAGUUUUUUUUAUCCAGUUCAUUUUUAGUACCCUGUUCUACACUCGUUUCAUCACCAGUAAUGCGGAAUUACUGUAAUAUGCUGGGAAGUGAUAACAUUUCCAGCAGUUUCCUAAGGUAACCGAUGAAUACAUUUUAGAGAGGAAUUGUUAAAGCAGGAUAGGCCUCUGAUCAUAUGGGGAAGAUAUCUUGUCAACAUUAACAUGAACAAUAAUAUAAAUAGUGAAAAAUCUGAACACUGCAGUCCUGGCAGUCCCACCCAGAGGAGCUUGUCACAGUGCCACGUGACAGGUUGAAAAGCACCAGCAGACUGGGGCCUGGCCCGCUGCUCAGCCCUCCUGGGCCUAAAUUAGAGCAGAAUCAUGUUCCCACCCUGCGUCUAGUGGAGAAGAGAGAGAGGCUGGGCAGGAAAUGCCUUCUGGAAGCGGGGAGCCGGAAUGAUUCAUGUGCGUAGGAAUGUGGGCGAGGAGACGCGGGUUUGGGAGUCCAAGGGGCCAGGGUUUAGAAUUGAUUUACUGUCUUAGCGAGUAGGAGAGCGGGCGGGAGAAUGGUUAGGGCAGCUUUCCAGCGAAACAUUUCCUUCAUAUUCCCCCGGGGUGCACUUACCUCUUUGCGCAGGAUGGGGGUAGUUCGAUGUGAACUUGCAGCAUCGUUUUUUCUUGAUAGGCAUUACUCUUCAUUAUUGCCCCUGACUCCUCUCAGAUUAUCCAACAAGGUCUUUUGAUAGGCAUUGUUCUCCAUUGCUGCCUCUGACUCCUGUCGCUUUACCCAACAAUCUUUCAAUAGACAUUGCUCUUCGUAAUUGUCACUAUUUCUCUCAUAUUGAACAAUCUUUUGGGUGGCAUUACUCUUCUUUAGUAUGAUUCUGACUCCUCUCAGAUUACAAACAAUCAUUCGGGUGGCAUUGCUCUUCAUUAGUAUGACUCUGACUCCUCUCAGAUUAUCCAACAAUCAUUCGGGUGGCAUUGCUCUUCAUUAGUACGACUCUGACUCCUCUCAGAUUACAAACAAUCAUUCGGGUGGCAUUGCUCUUCAUUAGUACGACUCUGACUCCUCUCAGAUUACAAACAAUCAUUCGGGUGGCAUUACUCUUCAUUAGUACGACUCUGACUCCUCUCAGAUUAUCCAACAAUCUUUCGGGUGGCAUUGCUCUUCAUUAGUACGACUCUGACUCCUCUCAGAUUACAAAUAAUCAUUCGGGUGGCAUUGCUCUUCAUUAGUACGACUCUGACUCCUCUCAGAUUAUCCAACAAUCUUUCGGGUGGCAUUGCUCUUCAUUAGUACGACUCUGACUCCUCUCAGAUUACAAAUAAUCAUUCGGGUGGCAUUGCUCUUCUUUAGUACGACUCUGACUCCUCUCAGAUUACAAACAAUAGUUCGGGUGGCAUUGCUCUUCAUUAGUACAACUAUGACUCCUCUCAGAUUAUCCAACAAUCUUUCGGGUGGCAUUGCUCUUCAUUAGUACGACUCUGACUCCUCUCAGAUUACAAAUAAUCAUUCGGGUGGCAUUGCUCUUCAUUAGUACGACUCUGACUCCUCUCAGAUUACAAAUAAUCAUUCGGGUGGCAUUGCUCUUCAUUAGUACAACUAUGACUCCUCUCAGAUUACAGAUAAUCAUUCGGGUGGCAUUGCUCUUCAUUAGUACAACUAUGACUCCUCUCAGAUUGCCCAGCAGUAUGUAAGCAUGAGGCCCAAAUAAUUCACUUCUGUUUUUUUUUGUGUGUUUGACCCUUUUCCUGCUAUGUUUUUUGAUUAAAUAUCGUUAUUGUCAGUCGGCUAUUUGAGGGAUUGUGCGCUCUAAAGUCUCUAAAGAUGCAGACAGACAAGUCUCAUAGAGAAAAAGCGAAUGUCUUUCCUGUGUCUCGUGAACCAUGCUGUAGAUGGCUUCAGUAAGACUCCUCGCAGACAUGCCAUGACGGUCAUAUCUUCCUGCACAGUUCGUUUUAUUGUAACAGAAUUUCUCUGUCGGUGGUGGAGAGGUUCUGCUUUCUGUUCUUUGCUGUUUGUAUUUGUUCCCUUUUCGCCUCCUGUUUUAAAACUUUCUUUUUUUAAAAAAAAUAAAGUUCAUUCCCUUUCCUGUG